GCGCUGCCGGAGUCACCGGACACCGCCCCGCAGGGGGGGCGGGGACUAAACAUUAAAAGGGCAACACUCGGCUGGAGCGAGCGGCCCCGAGCCUUAAAGCGGCAACGGCCGGGGAGUGGGGCCGCAGAGCCAAGGUUUAAACCGGCUGAAUCGGGAAUGUUUGUGCAGGAUUGGGAUUAAGUGUUUUAUCCAGAAUUUAAUUGAUAUUAUGUGUAUAGAGACUGAAAAUACAACGGAAUAAGGGACACCCAUUUAGCCACGAGGCUCACACUGCACCCCUUUGCUUCCUAAACCGCUGACAGAGCCCAAGUGCUCCGGCCCUGGCCGCUCCGGCCCAGCCAUGAGACCAGCCCCAUGCUGGGCUGCGCUCCCCCAGGCUCCUGGGGCUCUCUCAGGCUCCAGGCACAGGGAUACAGCAGGCUGAACGAGCAGCUCAGUGUGCUGGUUCCAGGGGAGCACCUCACUGUUGUCGGUGCCAGGCGAGCAUUCCACCGUUGUUGGUUCUAGAAGAGCAUCCCACUGUUGUCGGUACCGGGGCAGCAUCCCGCUACUGUCGGUACCAGGGCAGCAUCCCGCUGUUGUCGGUACCGGGGCAGCAUCCCGCUGUUGUCGGUACCGGGGCAGCAUCCCGCUGUUGUCGGUACCAGGCAGCAUCCCGCUGUUGUCGGUACCGGGGGAGCAUCCCUCUGCCGCCAGGACGGGGCACGGAGCCAUGGAGCCGGGGAAGGCCCCCGGGCGAGAGCGCUGGGCUGGGGCAGAGGCGCGCAGGAGGCAGAAGCCGCCCAACACGACCCUGCAGCGAGCGGUGGUCUCGCUGCUGCCGGCCCCGUGCAGCCGGUUCCUCUGGAGCCGGCCGGACCAGCACCGCUGCAGCAAGUUCUUCCUGGGCGCUGGCGUCGGGACCCUCCUCGGCCUCGGGCUCUGCCAGCUCCUCAUCAUCCCCAUGAACAUCACGGAGACACGCAAGAUGCAGCUCUCCUACGGGCUGGCAGGGGUGACUGCCUUGGGCUGGGCCACGUCCCCCCACUUCCGCUGCGCCAGCCUGCUCGUGGCCCCCAAAUUCGUCGGCAAGGAGGGUCGGGUCUACGUCCUCUCCCUCGUCCUCGCUGCCAUCUACAACGGGCCUGUGGCCAACAUCUGGCACAACCUGGAGGAGGUGACGCGCUCGCUGGGCUGCGUGGCGGAGCUGCAGGUCAACCACAGCCGCAUGCUGUGGCACGUGUCCACGGCACCCCUGCGCAAGGUGAUGGAGGACAUGGCGCGGAGCGGGCAGACACUGAACUCCGAGGUGCAGAACAUCUCACACGCCUUCGUGGGGCUCAAUGAGGAGGUGGCCAGCGAGGCCGGGUACGACCUGCGGCAGUCCCGGCGCGCCGAGCCGCAGCCGGCACCCAGCACCCAGCAGCUCUAUGAGACCAAGACCAAACUGCGCUGCGACAGUGUGAUCGAGCUGGGCAUGCAGCGCUGCCGGGACUGGUUCGACACCAAGUACGAUGCUUGCAUGGCACUGAUAUUCGUGCCCCUCAUCAACCACCUCCUCUGCCUGCCCAUGAAGUUUAAGUUCCUCUGCCACAUUGUGAAGGUUAUGAAUAGCUGGUGCAGGGACAAGAUCCCCGUGGAGGGCAACUUCGGGCAGACAUACGACAUGGUGAACAACUCAGUCAGCAACCUCAGCCAGGAGUUCAGCGCCAGCGUGGUCUUCCAGGAGGAGCACCGCGAGAUGCUGUCGGUCACCACCAACGUGUCAGCGGAGCAGCUGAUGGAGGAGGUGACCUCGCACCUCCAGGAGCACAGCGCCCGCCUGGGCCAGACCUUCUCCAUCUUCCGGCUGCUGCUCUCCUUCUCCUUCAUCCUCGUCUUCAUCGCGGCUUUCUCCUACACCAAGCGGUACUGCCAGGACAUCUCCUACGACAACCUCUACAUCACCACCUACUUCCGCCAGAUCGACGCCCGCCGCAGGAAGGAGCACAAGCGGAUGCUGCUGCCGCUGCUCCGUGCGGAGGCCUCGGCCUUCAUCUUCCCGUGCCGGCCCAUGGUGCAGCCGCUGGAGCUGCAGAACAUGGUGCUGGAGCUGCUGGAGUGCAUCCCGCCCCUGCUCUUCCUCCUGCUGGCCUGCGGCAUGGACCACGUGCUGGUCAGCAUGCUCAGCACCAUCCAGCAGCACUCCUUCGUGCAAUACUCCUUCCACAGCAGCCACCACUUGUCCAUCCACGUUAUGGGCAAGUCCCUGAUGGCCCGGCUCCUGCGCAGCACCAUCGGGGCCCUCAACACCUCCUCCGACACCCUGCUGGAGACGUCCAACUUGGUGUGCCUGCCGCGGCCCCGCAGCAUGAGCCAGCAGCAGUACGUGGGCAGCUGCCUGCCCCUGGCCGUGCUGGCGCUGCUCUGCCUGGCCCAGGUCUACACGUACCGCCUGCGCCGCGCCAUCGCCGCCUUCUACUUCCCCAAGCGGGAGAAGAGCCGCGUGCUCUACCUCUACAACAAGCUGCUGCAGCAGCGCCUGGACUUCAUCCGGCGCCAGCGGAAGCGCGUCGUCCAGCGGGCACGGCAGCCCCCGGGCUUGGUGAGUGGGGCUUCACCGUGUCCCCCUCCCCGACCCCGCAGGGGUCUGUUCCGCCGUGGGGCUCAGCCCCACACGGCUCCAUCCGCAGGGCACGGUGCUGGCGCGCUGGUGCUGCCGCCGCUGGCCGUGGCUGCGCCGCUGGACGCGCCGGAGCUGCACCGUGUGCGGGGUGCGUGUGGGGCCCCCCGAGCCUGCCUGCCCCGCGCCCGCCUGCGCCGCCCCGUACUGCCGGCAGUGCUGGCGCGAGGCGGGCCGCGGCUGCCUGGCCUGCGCCCCCCCGGAGCACGGCCUCGACGCCGACAGCAGCGACGAGGGCGCGGGGUACGCGGGCUGAGGGCCUGAGGCAAUAAAGUGUGUGAGACCCCC